CGCUGCAACUGUAGUAGAGUGCUUCGAAGCAAACCAGGAAAGAUCCACCGAAUUUCUCAUCUAUCUAGCCAGAGUAUCAAUCCAUCCAUUUUCCUCGAAAACAACACAACGGGACCCAUGAGGACACUGGUAUUACACGCGCACCAUCGACGUGAGAACCUCCCGAGAUUGUCGUCCGGUCUUGCUCUCUUUCCGUCGCUCCUGCUAGUGCUGACGCUGUUGUCUUUUUCGGAAGCAAAUCCUUGGUCCGCUUCCUCCAGCCUGGAACGGACCACCAGGCCGACAUCCCAUUCGCAGACGCCGCCCCAGCGGCGGUUGUGGCGACGAUCGCUCCCCCUGACCUUGCACGUCAUCAACCUCGACCGGGACACCGAGCGCUGGGAGACGGUGGUCACCGAGCUGGUGGCCAAGGGGGUUCCGAGGAAGCGCAUCCGCCGUGUGUCGGCCGUCAGCGGGAGGGACCUCUCGCCCGGCGACCUCCGGGCCAACACGACGAGGGUGGCCCGGACCGUCUGCACGCCCGGAACGAUCGGCUGUUUUCUGUCCCACCGGAAAGUCUGGCAGGAGACCGAGGACGGCCCCGAGCCCUACCGGGUCGUCCUCGAGGACGACGUCGUCGUGGCCCCCGGCUUUCUCGAAAAGGUCCGAACCGUCGUCCGGGAAAUCGACGAGGCCUGCGAGGAGACCAGGGACGGGAACUGGGACGUGGUCUUUCUCGGGGCCCUGGGAUGCGUCCAUCCGGAAGGGAGGCACGGCCUCAACCGGAUCGCCGCGUUCUUUGCCGGGGGCGGCCGGGUCCCGAGGCGGACCCUGGAGGGGGCCCCGCACUGCCACGUCCCGCGGCGGCCGCUGGGGGCCCACGCCUUCGUCCUCUCCAAGCGGGGCGCGGGCAAGCUCCUGAAGGGCUGCUCCAGGGCCUCGGGGCACGUCGACGUCGUCGCCUGGGGAAUGCCGGACCUCGGGGUCGUGUCGGUCCACCCGAUGCUGGCGCACCAGAACAACACCGGGUCCCCGUCGACGAUCGGGGCCGUCACGGGGGGCAUCGAAACGAGGAUCCCAAACCUGGUGGUGGACCCCUACACCGGGCUGGUCCUCGAAUGGAUCUACAACGCCCCGGUCUUGUCCCUCGGGCCGGUGCUGCUCACCAUGGGCCGGUCCGUCCUCUUUGUCCUCGGGGGCUACCUGGCGUCGGCGCUCCUCUACAACAAGUGCCCCUGGCUGAUCGUCUUGCACUCGAUCGUCGUGGCAAUCCUGGUGGCGCUCACCAAGGCCACGACGCUGCGGCACGGAAGGGGGGACGAAACGAGCGGGGUCGAAGCAUAGCCAGACGAUAAAGGGAUUUGCUAUUAGAAAGGCAUACCAAGCCGUUCGAGGUGUAAAUAAUAAUGUAUGCUUUUG